AUGCAGCAGACUUUGCUCCUCUUUUAUUGGGAAGAAACAGCAAAAACAGCGCCUCCGGCCCGUAAAAGCCACAGGAAGGGUCGCCGCCCGCUUCGCUGGACCGCGGGUGGGAAGGCGACGAGGGUGGCACCCAAAGCGGACCCGCCCCUGCAGCUCUCAAAACCGAAGCAAACGCGCUUUCGCCCGGGCGCCGUAGGACGCCUUGCUCCGCUGCGCGCGCCUCUUCUAGAUUUCGUCAGUGUGUUCUGGGAGCACCACUGUUCAAGAAUCAUGAAGCCCUGGAGGUUGGCAUCUGAGGCUUCGUCUCGAGAGAAACAUCAGUGUAAUAUGGCAGGCUCCUUUCAGCUUUACAAGAAGAGUACCUUUCCUUCACUUUUGGACUCUUAUUUACCUCUUAAUUGCCAGAAUCAGAACAGAGCAAAUUGGCAAAAAACAGAAAGAAACAAUAAAGAGCAGAGAAGGAAUAACAGCCGAGUUUUAAGCGAGGAAGAGAAGGAUGAACUCGUCAAGCAAGCUCUACUGGAAAAGCAUCAUCUUGAAACCUACAAGAAUCUUUAUAAGAUAAGAAAUAUCUUAUAUGAACGCUACAAGACUUUAUUGGAUGAGAAGGUGCUAAAGCAGCGCAUUCAGAUCAAGGCAUUUGAUCUCAAACUCCAACAACAACUUAAACACAAAGAACAAAAGUGUAUCCCUCGUCGUAAACUGCCUUUCUGCAAGCUGUCUCAUGAUAUGAAGUACUUGGAGUCCAUUUCACAGUCAAGCAGCUACUUGGUUACCGGAUUGCAGAAUGAACUAACUAAACUUGGACUCAUAAGGAACCAGCAAGAUUAUGAAAACUUUUGGAAAUGUGCUUGGAAGGAGGUUCCUGGCUCAAAGCUCAGGGAGAAGCUUCCUGAUAUAAAAGCAAGAAUGUUGGCUGCUAAGCCUUUACUUUUCUCUACUCCAUCCGGAAUCAAUCCACCGCAGCACGUUAAAAGCUUUACGAGUAGCAGGCUGAAAAAAGGAGCUGGCCAUGGUAACCCAAAGCUUGAGGACCACUGUACUAAGGCCACAUAUCUUCAGUUGCAGUCUGUGGAUAUUUGCCAGCCAUCAACUCAUAUGAAAAUGAAGAUGAAAAGCCAACAACAAAUGGAGCAAAUGUUUCCCAAGUUCCUGCUUUCUGAUGUGCAGAAAAAGCAUUGUGAGCCAUUGAAAUCUCAGCAGGUGGUGUGUUCUUCAGCUGCUCUUCACCAGAAGGAAUCGCAUAAAAGAAGGAAACAUGAAAUGCAUCUUCACUGCUUGCAUCAUUUGUAUUACUUUUCCCUUAUUAACACAGCACUAUCCAAGAGGCUUCUAAAGCAAAAUGGCCAGUUUUCAGAUGUCAGGACAGAGCAAAGUGUCCAUGAUCUGAUGGAGUAUUUGUUUCCAAAUUCUCGAAAACAUUCUGGAGUGAAAUGCAAUAAAAGGAUAAUAGAAGAAAACACAAUUCCAUGUUUAAUUCGUGCAAAGCAGCAAGAAAUACAUCAGAAAAACUCUCCCAAAGUGCUCAGAAUUCCAAAAGAAAAGAAAAUGUUGAAGCAAGAGAAGCAUGUUGAUGCGGUUGAAGAUCAGAAAUCAUCUGCUGUUGGCCAGCAGGACAUUACUGCUAUGCCUUUAACUCUGGAAGAUGUUGCCCUUUACCAUCCUGUAAUGGAAGCCAAGCAAGUAGGCAAAUAUUGGAUAAACUAUGCUGGCAAAAAUUCCUUCAACCAUGAAAUAUAUUAAGUACAGAUAAGGUCCUGUGAAAACAUUUUAUGGAUUAUUUUGAUCAACAUUAGUCAUACGUGUAUGUGCACUGUAUCCUUCUUAAACCGCCCUUUUCAUUAUAAUCAAUUUUCUCUAAAUAUGACUUUUUGAUAUACAUUCAUUCUUACCAACUGUGAACAGUUUCACAUUUUUAAUUGUUGUGUUGCUCUCAUAAGUAUUGCUCAGGUCUCCAAGAGCAUCACUAUGGCUCUUUAUAUUUUCCAGUAAACAUAUUUCAAAUAAAUUCCAUUUUGUGCAAGCUGAUACUCUAACUCAUAUUUCCAUGAAUGAAGAGGAAGAAGAAUCCUUGAAUGAUUGUGUUUUCUUGACUGCUCCUAAAUAUGCUUUCUUGCCAGUAUGUCCACAUACUAAGGAUUGUCUAUCAGAGAUUCUUUCAGCUCUGACUGAGGUCAUUGCCUUCUCCACAUCUACGCAAGAGGUGAUGAAAAACAUACCAGGCUGGCUGAAAUGCAUGCUUCAUAAGCACUAUGUGGCCUUUUUCACUGAAGCUGAUAGUUUCUGAACAGGGAGGAGUUUUCAGCACUCAGCAAACUGUUCAGAAGUACCUUUCAGG